AUGCGAGAAAGUCUCAGGGAGAAAGACCUGCUGAAAGGUUACCUGGAGGAGCAUCCUUACAGCCAGGCCUACAGGUUCAUUCAGAAACAACCGGGAGUAACUUACAAAUCCAUGAGGAACUACCUGGAUCUGUAUUAUGUUGGCACCGUCAGAAUUGGAACGCCCCCUCAGAAGUUCAAGGUCAUCUUCGACACGGGCUCCGCUGACCUGUGGGUGCCCUCCAUCUACUGCUCCAGCCGAGCCUGUGUCAGACACACCGUCUUCAACCCGAAGAGGUCCUCCACCUUCCGGUCCACGAACCGGUCCAUCGCUCUCCACUACGGCUCUGGGAGCAUGACGGGAUUUCUCGGCUAUGACACCGUUAAGUGGCACCUCCCUGCCGGCCUCCAUCCCAGCUCAGGCCCAGCCCUGCUCCCCGAUAUCCACACGACAACACCCCCCCCCCUUCUCACACAGAUCGGGAAACUUGUCGGCCGGUCCCAGGCGUUUGGCCUGAGCAAGACGGAGGUCAGCAAGAUCUUGGAAUUCGGGGCUUUCGAUGGCAUCCUGGGCCUGAGCUACCCCGACCUGGCACUCACCGGUACCACUCCUGUCUUCGACAACUUGUUGGCACAGGGCGCCAUUUCUCAGAAACUUUUUGCCUUCUACUUGAGCAGCAACGAGAAGAAGGGCAGCAUGGUGAUGUUCGGUGGGGUGGACCACUCCUACUACAAGGGACAGCUCAAGUGGGUGCCCGUGAGCAAAGGGGGCUUCUGGCAGAUAACUGUGGACAGGAUCUCCAUGGACGGGCGGGUCAUCGCUUGUGAAGGCAGCUGCGAGGCCAUUGUCGAUACCGGGACCACACUGCUGACGGGCCCGAAUUACGAUAUCUUCGACAUCCUGAAGACCAUCAACGCCCAGACGACCAGCACUGGCGAGUACGUGGUCAGCUGCAAUGCCAUCAACACCCUGCCUGACAUCGUCUUCACCAUCAAUGGCGUCAAGUACCCGGUGCCGGCCAAGGCCUACAUCCGGAAGGGUCUCUUUGACACCUGCUACAGCAACUUUGAUGACUCCUUAAGCCACUCUACUCUCUGGAUCCUGGGGGACGUCUUCCUGAGGCUGUAUUUCACGGUUUUCGAUCGGGAAAACAACAGGAUUGGCCUGGCCCCUGCGGUGGCAUGAACGCUGGCGCUGCUCCAGGAAGCGGCCCCACCCGCCCCAAACAUGCUCCCACACGGAGUCUAGGUGUUCCCGCCCCGGGGGAACCGGCUACAACCAAAUCUGCUGCUCCAAGAAGCCCUCUUCUCAGUGGAAAAUAAAGGGUCUCAUCCUCAAGGGUGCAGACAUGAAUGGUGCCUCUCUUUGGGGGUGGGAAGUGCCUCAGAGCCUGG